AUGAAGAUCCUCCUCUGCGGCGCGACCGGCUUCAUCGGCGCCGAAACCCUCGACCAAUGCCUCAAACACAACUACAUCCAACACAUCUACUGCCUCACCCGCCACGAACUGCCCACCAAAUACUCCACCCACGCCAAAGUCACCCAGCUCGUCCACGAAGACUUCUCCCAGUACCCGGAGUCUUUACUCGAUAAGCUCUCCGCCUACAAGAUCGAGGGCUGUAUCUGGUGUUUAGGCGGGAGGAGUAUGGCGAGCUUCAAGAAUAAAGAAGAGGCCGAGACGGUGGGGAUACAUUAUCCGAUCCAAGCCGCGAAUGCGUUUGCGACGAGGUUGGCGACGAAGCUGGAUCCGGAUAAGCCGCCGAUGAAGCAGAAGUAUCCGUUCAGGUUCGUGUUCGUGAGCGGGUGGGGCGCGGAGCAGGAUCAGUUCCGGAGUCUGUGGAUGUGGAAUGAUAGUCGGAAGAUCAAGGGGGCGGCGGAGAAGGGGGUGUUUGAUGUGGCGGAUACUUCGGAGGAGAUCAAGGGGAAGAGGUGUUUUGAGGCGAUUGCGCUGAGGCCGGGGACGGUUUUGACGGGAGGAGAUGCGACGACGACGUUGUUGAGCGAGGCGGUCGUGCCGUGUAUUGCUGUGGAUCGGUUGGCAAAGUGCGCGAUUAAGAUGGUGUUGGAGGGGACGGGGUAUCCGGAGAAGAGGGUGUUGGAGAAUGGGGAGUGUUUGGGGCCUGAUUGGGCGAUGAUAAAUAGUCUGAGGGUUUGA